AUGGAUGAGUAUCCCGUAGUGCAGAUACCAGCCGAUGAAAUACUCGAAGAGGAGGAAUUCGAACGCUUAUACGUGGCUCCUGUUGAAAUUAUCAUCGUCCUCUCGAUUUUUUAUGGCAGCAUAAGCAUCUUUGCAGUUAUUGGCAAUGUAUUGGUCAUUUGGGUGGUGGUCACUACGCGACAAAUGCGUACCGUCACCAAUACAUACAUAGCGAAUUUGGCCGUUGCCGACGUCGUCAUCGGACUCUUCUGUAUUCCAUUUCAGUUUCAAGCAGCUCUAUUACAGCGAUGGAAUUUACCUUGGUUUAUGUGUGGUUUUUGCCCUUUCGUUCAAACUUUAAGCGUGAAUGUUUCCGUAUUUACACUGAUCGCGAUUGCGAUUGAUCGACAUCGCGCAAUCAUCAAUCCGUUGAGAGCACGUCCAUCUAAAUACAUCUCGAAAUUCAUAAUAUUUGGGAUUUGGUUGUUGGCGCUCGUUUUCGCUACUCCAUCUGCCAUCGCCUUUCGCGUUGAGUUGGUGGAGGAACGUUACAGAGAGGACGGUGUUAUCGUGAAUGUUACUCGCCCCUUUUGUAUGAAUGUCAAUCUCUCGGAUGAACAAUUGAAAGCUUAUCGCUAUGUACUGGUGGUCGUGCAGUAUUUUGUGCCAUUCUGUGUUAUCGCAUUUGUCUACGUACAGAUGGCCUUUAAGUUAUGGUUUACACAGACACCGGGGAAUGCAGAGGAUACGCGGGAUAUGGCAUUGAUGCGUAAUAAGAAGAAAGUCAUAAAAAUGUUGAUUGUUGUUGUGAUUGUAUUCGGUAUCUGCUGGCUGCCACUACAGAUUUACAAUAUCUUAUACGUAACUAUACCGGAAAUAAAUGAAUACCACUUCAUUGGCAUGAUAUGGUUUUGCUGUGAUUGGCUGGCGAUGAGCAAUAGCUGUUAUAAUCCUUUCAUUUAUGGAAUUUACAAUGAAAAAUUCAAACGAGAGUUUAAUAAACGUUUCUCUGCUUGCUUUUGCAAAUUCCACACGAAUCAUGGUGCUCACGAGCGUACAUUGUCCAUCCAUACCAGAGCCACAUCCCUUCGUUCCAACUUUGCUAAUUCGUCGGUGCGUAUACGUAACAAUUUGUUUGCAGAAGCUGCUGGUAUUAACGGUUCGAAUAUUUAUUAUACUUGCCGCUAUGCAAACAUGAGAAAGGGCCGAAAUGCCAGAAAUUCUGCUUUCGAUAGGAUAACCUACUCUAUUCAGAAUGGGGAAACUGUACAAUUCAAUGAAUGCAAUAGAGGCCAUAUUACAACAAACAGCGGGGUCAGCGUCGGUGAUGAACACCAGUGCGUACCUCAAUGGCGGCGUAAUAACUUUAAACCACUACAUCCUGAUGUAAUUGAAUGUGACGAUGAUGCGCUGAUGCACUCCAAAUCCAUAUCCGAAGAAUCAAAUUCUAGUGUAGGUGGGGGAAAUGUGGUCGACGUGUCGGGUGUUGUCGGUUUCGCGCUCAACGCUAAAGGGAAAAGAUAGCUGAGAAAUGUUAUACGGCGGUAGAACUGCGUAAAAUCCAUAUCAAGUGGUAACCUGGAAAUGGACAUUCAAAGCG